AUGGCCCAGCCGCUCACCCCAAACCGCAUCCACCAGCUACCUGUCCAAGUCUCGUACCACCUCCAGUCGUCGAGCCAGACCUUCCUCGCAACCUUUCCCGGCCUGUACCAGGUCUACGUGCACCCCAAUGUUGGGGGGUCCAGAGUGGAUGGCGCAGAGGACGAGGCAUGGGGAGCAAUUUACCUCAAGACAGUGGUGCAGGGCGUAGUGAUGGCUAGACGCGUCGUGAUGGCGUCCGCCUAUAAUUUGCUCACGCGGUGCAGCCCCGAAAUCCACCCGACUCACCCCGGCACGCCCGACCUGUCAUUAUAUGUCCUCGACCCCCGCGAGACCUUCCUCCGCAAGUCGCGUGCCGCGCCGGCACACCGCUUCGCACCGCACUCGGAGGUGUGGACGGGCAAGGGCCUCGUGUCGUGGGCGCUGGGCGAGCCCGGGGCGGGGAAGAGCUUAAUUACCGGUAGACUGGUGCGCCGCGCAGAGUUUGUCGGCAUUGGUGCCCAGGAGGCGGGGCUGUCAGGCCUGGAGGCGCUGGCGGCCAACAGCAGCCAGGACCGCGAGGCGUGGGGUAUCGAGGUCGCCAUCGGGCUCAAGUCGGGCAUGUCGUCCGCCAGCAUGUUCCCUGGCCCCCUGCACUACGCCGUCGAGAGUGGCAUGUUUUCCGGAGUGCUCCCUGCCGCGCCACCUCGUCAGCCGACCCCACCGCAGGUGGCGCUUCCACCAAGCGAGGCUACGCCAGUCGACCUCACCUCGGACAUUUCGAUGGGCAGCGAAGCCGACACGGCGACCGUGCCUGCAAAGCGCCCACUGCCAAAGUCGACUGGUGGUCGUCCACGAGGACGUCCACCCAAGCAGCCCAAGCGCGGCCCUGUCGCUACACAGCGCGAGAGACUCGGCGCAUUAGACGGCAAUCAGACGGCUGCACGCUCGUCACCUGCGCCGCCGUCGUCCCGCGCCGACCAGUUCUUCGCCAGCAUCCCACCUGAGCUGCGACCUGACCACAUGUCCAAAGAGCAUGCGCAGAAGCUGCUCCAGAGCCCAGCGUUCCUCCGCAUGCUCGAGAAGAUCACCGGCACGCCGAUGCUCGCCCUUGCUCAAAAGGAAGCCCGCAAGUCGCAAGAAGCACCCCCGACGCCAAAGUGCUGGAACUGCGGCACCAUCAAGAGCACGGUGUGGCGUACGAGAAACAACGAUGAGGGAGAGAGCGUGCGCGUUUGCAACGCUUGUGGACUCUACUAUAACAAGACCAAGAUGAUGAGGCCGCCCAGCCUCUGGUCAUCGGUUGACACCCCUACUGGCCUCGACAGGACGCUGCUCCCGCGCUCGGCCGCUGGAGAGGCAAGCACCUUCAAGCGGACAUUGACCAUGGUCGCGGAAAAGGAUGCGCAGCGCAUCGCCAACAUGCGCGCCACGAGAUCACGAGCCUCUUCUUCGCUGCCUGCCAUUCCCCGUGCCAUGCCCAUGACCUCGCCUCCUCGCGGCCCGGCACCACUUCCAAAGAAUGUUCGCAACGCCAAGUUUGCCGGUACGACGGCUGUGGCUGCCAGCUCCCCAGGCGGCUGGGUCGACGCUGGGCCAUCAUCGUGCCCGCCCUCGGGGCCCGUUGCCGCGGCCGACGACAACACGAUCGACCCCAACGCCAGCCCAAACACCAAUCUUCGCCGCAUCUUUGGGGACGCAAUGCCCAGCCUCGCCAUGCCACUCAGCGACGACGGUGCCGGCACAGCCGAGAGCCACACAGGAUGGAACGCCGAUCUGUCGGCGUUCUUCGACGUCGACGGCUUCUCGAUGGCGCCUGGGACGUCGCACAAGUCGAUCGCCAAGUCGCCUGCUCUCCGCUCCCAGGCCGACAUCAAGGGCGUAUCGUCUGCCCUUCGUGGGCGGGACAUCGACCUCGGCAUGGCACCCACGAGCAUGGCUGCGAGCUCAGAGGACGACGUCUUCUCGCAGCUCUUCCAGCGCACUUCAUCAGUCGGCAACCUCGACGCGUCGGAUCUCGGGCACCAGCCAUCCGACACGCCGGAGCCGUUCGACUUUUCGCAGCUGCCACCGAGCUCGCCGCCGUCCAUGCCGUCCAACCUGCCACACUCGGCUCUGCUCCUCUCUAGCCCUGGUGGAUCGCCAAUGGACAUCAGCCCGCGGCCCGAGAGCGAGGCAGGCUCUCGUGUGAGCCCGCCGGCGCUAUCUGGCCUCCGUCACUCCGUGCACGCGGACGACGCCAACGAGGAGGUCGACCAGAAGCCGGUGAUCUCGGCUGGAGAUCAGGAAAUCCAGGACCUACUGUCCAAGCUCGCGUCCAACGGCAAGAUGAGCGACGAGCUGCUCGCCCUCUUCAACGCGUUCCCCGCCGCGUCCACGGCCUAG